CUGCGCUUUACUGUGAUGUAUUUGAUCGAUUUUGGGGCGGAAACAACCUGGAAGACGCAAGCUACUAAAUGCGUGACACUUGUCGCUGACCGUGGCUAUAUAAAUGCAAACUCCAGCCUUCCUUUUAAGAAGUCCUAAAAGUAAUAACUUGGUAGGUAACAACUGGAAGACAGACGCACCUCGCAAAGUUCAAAAACCAUCCAAGGAUAUACCAAUUACGCACAGAUUCUCCACGCCACUUUUUGACAUGAAGCUCAAUUUUCUCGUCACCACCGUGGCUCUGCUCGUUGCCUUUCCACCACCGUAUGAAUGUAGAGCCAUCGAAAGAAGCUCCAACCAGCCAGCAUCGGACCCCGAUGGAGAGCGACAGUCGCCGUCGGUUUUGGCACGCUUAGGGGAGGAGUACUUCAUCCGGCUCGGUAACAGAAACCAGAAUUCUCCCCGAUCCCCAGCCGACAGCUUCCCCGAGACAUCCCAGUAUUCCAAAAGAGCACUGCAGCUCCAGUUAACGGAGCGUCUGUUGGAGGGGAAAGUUGGAAACAUCGGCCGCUUGGAUGGCAAUUACGCGCUCCGGGCGCUUGACUCAGUGGAGAGAGAGCGCAGGUCGGAGGAGCCGCCGAUUUCCCUGGAUCUGACCUUUCAUCUGCUACGAGAAGUACUGGAGAUGGCCAGAGCCGAACAAAUGGCCCAGCAAGCUCACAGCAACCGCAAAAUGAUGGAAAUAUUCGGGAAGUAACCAUGAGCAAACCCAUCAGCCAAAGAUAUUUUUACAUUUAGCACAAACAUGAA